CUCCGCGGACGGAGCCCAUGCGCUGGGCGAGCCGCGCACCCCGGCCCCGGCCCCUUUCCCCGCCCCCGCCCCGGCCCCGGCCUCGAGGGCAGUCGCGCCAGUGAGCGGUGGGACAGGAGACCGCCACAGUGCCCUGUGCUGCAUCCCUUGAGGAGCGAUGACAGAAUAUAAGCUUGUGGUGGUGGGUGCUGGAGGUGUGGGGAAGAGUGCCCUGACCAUCCAGCUCAUCCAGAACCACUUUGUGGAUGAGUAUGACCCCACCAUCGAGGACUCCUAUCGGAAGCAAGUGGUUAUCGAUGGUGAGACGUGCCUGCUGGACAUUUUGGACACGGCGGGCCAGGAAGAAUAUAGCGCCAUGCGGGACCAGUACAUGCGCACCGGAGAAGGCUUCCUGUGUGUGUUUGCCAUCAACAACACCAAGUCCUUCGAGGACAUCCACCAGUACCGGGAGCAGAUCAAGCGAGUGAAGGACUCCGAUGAUGUGCCCAUGGUGCUGGUGGGGAACAAGUGUGACCUGGCUGCCCGCACUGUGGAGUCCCGGCAGGCGCAGGACCUUGCCCGCAGCUAUGGCAUCCCCUACAUUGAGACGUCGGCCAAGACGCGCCAGGGCGUGGAGGAUGCCUUCUACACGCUGGUGCGAGAGAUCCGGCAGCACAAGGUGCGAAAGCUGAGCCCGCCUGACGAGGGUGGCCCCGGCUGCAUGAGCUGCAAGUGCCUGCUCUCCUGACGUCCCUUCCAGGCCCC